AUGGCUUCUAACGAAUCCCCCGCCGCUCCCCACGAGCCACCCUACACAUAUCGCCCCAACCAGGGCUACGAACAGACCGAGGAGAUCCCCGCCGAGCUCAAGAACGUGCCCCGCGAUGACCCUGUGCUCGAUGAGGAUGUCGAGGACGACAUGGAGGACAUCUUUGGCGAAGACGACGAUGUCCCCGAUGAUGAAUGGACCGCCGACUCUGGCGACUUGACAAAGUCCUACAACCGCCAGCGCAUGUUCAACAGCAACAGCAACAGCAACAGCGACGGCGGCGUCGCCCUGCCGCGCUCCAAUGCCCAACGACCGACAGCCAAUACCUUUGCGAGUGUUGACGAUCAGAUCACUGCCCUCUCAAAGCACGCUGCCAAGAUCCGUCUUGACAGCGUCAAGGGCGGCGGCGACGAUGAGAAGAGCAAGGAUAAGGCAGACCGCGCGACGAGCGAACAGGUGCUGGACCAGCGCACACGCAUGAUCCUGUUGCAGAUGAUCAACCGUGGUGUCGUCAGUGAGAUUCACGGUGCAAUCAGCACAGGAAAGGAAGCCAACGUCUAUCACGCCGUGCUUCACCCCGAGAACGACGGGCCCGUCGUGCAGCGUGCCAUCAAGGUGUACAAGACCUCCAUUCUGGUGUUCAAGGACCGCGAGAGGUACAUCACUGGCGAGCACAGAUUCCAGAAGGGCUUCGACAAGAGCAGCAACAGGAGCAUGGUCAAGCUUUGGGCUGAGAAGGAGUUCCGUAACUUGAGGAGAAUACACGCUGCCGGCAUUCCUUGCCCGGAGCCCAUUAGCUUGAAGCUUCAUGUUCUGGCUAUGGGUUUCCUCGGUGAUCGCAAGGGCUGGGCUUACCCUCGUCUUAGGGAUGCUAGGCUGACUGGAGAUGAUGUUGAUGAGCAGUGGAGAGGUCUCUAUGUCCAGCUUCUGGGCCUCUACCGCCGGAUAUACCAGGUUUGCAGACUUGUUCACGCCGAUUUGAGCGAGUACAACAUUCUCUACAACGACAACAAGCUGUACAUCAUCGACGUCUCGCAGAGUGUCGAACCUGACCACCCGCGUGCCCUGGAAUUCCUGCGCAUGGAUAUCAAGAACGUCGGCGAUUUCUUCAGACGCAAGGGUGUUGAUACCCUUGCUGACCGCGUCGUUUAUGACUUCAUCACGGCGACGGAGGGCCCGGUUGAGGAGCCUGCUCUGACAGAGGCUCUCGAGAAGCUGUACGAGAGCCGGCCGGCCGACGAGGAGCAGGCUGCAGCGGAGACUGAAGUUGACAACGAGGUUUUCCGCAAGCAGUACAUUCCCCAGACGCUCGAGCAGGUUUACGACAUCGAGAAGGACGCUGCCAAAAUCGGACAAGGCGAAGGUGACAAGCUUGUUUACAAGAACCUGCUUGCCGAUACCGUUGUUGUCAAGGAUAACGAAGAGGUAGAGGAGGAGGAGGAAACUUCGGAGGAUGAGUCCGGCAGCGGAGCAUCCAUUGGAAGCGGCGAUGAGGAUGAAUCCAAGUUCGACAAGGGCCGGCCUAGAGGACGUAAACACGAGGACAAGGACGAGAAGAAGGCGCACAAGCAAGCGGUCAAGGAGGCCAAGCGCGAGAAGCGCAAGGAGAAGAUCCCCAAGAGCGUGAAGAAGAAGCUGGUAUCGUCGUCGUCUAGGAAGAAGCACUAA